AUGGGCCUAAAAACUCUCCCGACCGGUCACCACUGCCCCGUCUGCCGCGUAGCCCCCACACCCAGAUGUGAGCAAAAGGGGCAUAUGGAGUAUUGUGCCACGCAUGAUCGCUACAGGGAGAGAGGUAGGACGUGUGAUGGCUGCAACAAGGAGGCAAGGAUGAAGAUUGCUGAGGAAAGCAAGAGGAAGGAGCAGGAGCGCGAGGCCCUGAAGAAGAAACAGGCAGAGGAGAAGGAGCAGGAGACUUGGGGCCAGAAGAACUUUAAUGGUUGUAAUGGUUUAGUUCUCCAGAGAGAGCCAAGUGAGGUCUCCACCAGCAAGAUAUCAACUUCGAGAGGUCAUACAGAUGGAAUUCAGAAAGCAAAGAAAGGAGCUGCUGGCAGUGGUCCAGGCCACUUGAGGCUUCCCAUCCACCCCGGAACUCCGAGCUCUCUAGGCAUCACUCUAGUGCCUAGCCCAUUGCAUUAUCAUCCCUCCCCCAUCCCCCCGUCCAAAAUGACAAUCAACCACAUCUUCAUCUGGGCAACCCCCACCAACCUCCCAACCCUGCGCACCUUCUACCGCACAAUCCUCGCCCCCAUCGGCUACAAAGAGCUCAUCUGCGUGCAAAGCGCCACGCUCAUCGGGUUCGGCAGCGACUAUCCCUAUUUCUGGCUGAAGGCGUUGCCCGAGGGGAAGAGCACGAUGCCGGUGCAUGUUGCGUUCGAUGCGCCGAAUUGGGCGGCUGUUGAUGAGUUCCACCGGCUUGCAUUGGAGAAUGGGGCGAAGGAUAAUGGGGGGCCAGGGGUUAGAGAGGAGAUGAGUCGGCAGCCAUACUAUGCGGCGUUUGCGGUUGAUGUGGAUGGGAAUAAUGUUGAGGCUGUUUGUGCGCCGAGGGAGGCGAGGAAGAGGUGA